AUGAAUAAUGAAGAGGAUAAUGAAAAAUCAUUAUUGACAAGAAGUGAGGAACAUGACGACGAUGUCAUUACAGACAUUAAUUUAAAUACUCCAUCUGUGACACUCACCUAUUCAUUGACAGAGGAAGGGGAUCAAGACAACAACAAUGGUGACAUUAGUGGUGCACCUUUAUCACCUCUCAACAUAUCCUCUAUUACAUCAUCAUCAUCAUCACACCACUCUAAACAACACAAAGGCAAUUCAUACGUCAAACUAACAAACCACGAUUCAUUAUUAUCUUCACCUAUUAUUUCCGAUUCACAUUCAUCAUCGUCAUCAUCAUUCUUUCAAAAACAGAUUUCAUUUCUAACUAGAGUUCAAAGAACAUUGGUUGCUGGAACUGGAUUUCUAUGUGAUGCAUAUGAUCUAUUUGUAAUUAAUUUGGUGAUUGUUAUACUUGAAACAUUGUAUGGAGAUUUCAAGAGUUCGAAAUCGGUAGUGUCUACGGCUGCACUUUGGGGAGCAGUGACUGGACAGUUGGUGUUUGGGUUUGUGGCCGACCGUGUGGGACGUCGAACAGGGUUUAUCAUCACCUUGUCCUUUAUCAUUGUCGGUGCAUUUGGAUCGAUCCUGUCGUUUAAUGUAAGCGACGGUUUUAAUAUUUUCAUCAUGCUGGCCCUCUGGAGAGCACUCUUGGGCUUUGGCAUUGGCGGCGAGUAUCCCUUGUCUGCCACCAUCUCGAGUGAGACUUGCGAAGAUUAUCACUGGCGCACGUUGGUCGGUACUGCAGGCGGCUGGUUCAUCUUUGACAUUACCUUUUAUGCCAACGGUCUGUUCAACGCCACCAUCGUGUCGGUCCUCAACUUUGACAAUGCGGCCACACCCUACGACAAGAUUCUCAACACUGUCACCAUCUCUAUCUACCUUGCACUUUUAGGUCUGCCCGGCUACUUUGUCGGCGUCUUCCUGAUCGACCGUAUCGGACGUCGAACGCUGCAGCUCGCUGGUUUCUUUUGUCUUGGCCUAACCUACCUCAUCAUGGGAAUCACCUUUCAGUGGAUCGUCAAGAUCAAAUGGCUCUUUAUCAUCCUCUACGGACUGACCUUUUUCUUUUCCAACGCCGGUCCCAACACCACCACCUUUGUGCUGCCGUCCGAGUCGUUCCCCACUCGCAUCAGAGCCACCUGCCACGGAUUCUCGGCUGCCUGCGGCAAAAUUGGAGCUGUCGUUGGUGGAGCUGCCAUCUCUCCCUUUUUCGAAGCCUAUGGUCUUGGCAACACGCUCAUCGUGUGUGCUGGCUUGGCACUUUCUGGUAUGGUCCUCACCUACUUUUUCGUCAAGGAAACCAUGGGCAUUGAAAUGCAAGAGGAUAUCGAAAUGACACCAAUACCUCCCUCUUCAUCUGCCGAAGACCUAACACUCCCAUCAUCUUCUUUGACAACUGAUCAGUUGGUCAAAAACUAUAGUACUAGCGAUAUUAGUACUCAGGGUAACAAGAGUCUAUCAAAUAGUCUAGAUUCUGAUAUCAUAAAUUUAACAACAAAAGAAAUGGAAAAAGAAAAACCAGCAGCAAUUAUGAAUCUUUAA